CUGGCCUGGCGAGCCCUAGCGCCGCACACUCCCGCCGCCGCCGCCGCCGACGCCGCACAGCCGCAGGAAGGAGGAGGAGCAGGAGGAAGAUGCCGGCGGGGCACGGGCUGCGGUCGCGGACGCGCGACCUGUUCGCGCGGCCGUUCCGCAAGAAGGGGUACAUCCCGCUCACGACGUACCUGCGCACGUACAAGGUCGGCGACUACGUCGACGUCAAGGUGAACGGCGCCGUGCACAAGGGUAUGCCGCACAAGUUCUACCACGGCCGCACCGGACGCGUCUGGAAUGUCACCAAGCGCGCCAUCGGCGUCGAGAUCAACAAGCAGGUUAAUGGCCGCAUCAUCAGGAAGAGGAUCCAUGUCCGCGUGGAGCAUGUGCAGCCAUCCAGGUGCACGGAGGAGUUCCGCCUGAGGAAAGCCAAGAACGACCAGCUCAAGGCAGAUGCCAAGGCCCGUGGUGAGGUCAUUAGCACCAAGAGGCAGCCCGAGGGACCUAAGCCUGGCUUCAUGGUUGUUGAGGGUGCUACACUUGAGACAGUCACUCCUAUUCCUUAUGAUGUGGUCAAUGAUCUCAAGGGUGGUUACUAGAUGCUUGUCUGUUGAGCAGCUUGAGCAACUUAGCAUCAAUGCUUGUCUGAAUGUUUUUGGUACUGAUUAGUCUUUUUUUGCUGUCUGAGUAUGAACCCAUGUGGCUACUGGUUAAUUAAAUAUUUUGCUAUGGUUGAUUA